AUAGCAUUAGCACAGCAGAGGUGUGUGAAACCUAAACAAACCAUCCAUCUCCAUUUCUAAGAAACCUUCAAGAACCUUCCUUUUAUAUUUCCUUCUCCUUAUGUGCGAAUCCCUUAACACUAUCUCUUCAAUUCUCCCCUACUAAAGCCCCCCUCACUCUCCUCUUUCUUUCAUAAUCAAACGCUCAUUUCCGUCUCUCCCAACAAAAUUCGCUGAGAGAGAAAGCAUAAACAAGCUCUAAUGGAUUCGGAUCCCCGAGAUAGUAACAAUGAUCUGGCCAGCAGAAGCUACGCCAUAAGUGGUAGGAUAAUGUUAAGUGCGAUUGUUAUUCUUUUCUUUGUGGUUAUUUUGAUGGUUUGUCUCCAUCUCUAUGCCCGUUGGUACCUUCUCAAUGCUCGCCGCCGCCAAAUCCGCCGUGUCCGAAACCGCCGUACUCAUUUAGUCUUCUACGUUGACCCCUCCGACCCUAACGCCGCUCAUGUAACUGUCCCAUCUCGCGGCUUGGAUCCUGCUGUCCUAAAAUCGCUGCCCGUAUUUGAUUAUUCAUCGAAAACCCACCCGGAUUCGAUUGAGUGUGCCGUCUGCCUAUCCGAAUUCGAAGAGAAUGAAAAGGGUCGAACCUUACCCAAAUGUAAUCAUAGCUUCCACAUCGAGUGUAUUGAUAUGUGGUUCCAUUCGCAUUCCACUUGCCCUCUCUGCCGCUCCCCUGUUGAACCCGUACCAGAAAACGCCGUGCAGGUAGAUUCGUCGUCGGAGAUUAUUGAAAUUGGGUCCGACUCUGGUUUGUGCGCCACGUGCCAGCACAAUGAAGACCAUGUGGGUGCUUCGACCUCGUCGUUUGGGGGUCGAAGGAAACCAGCGGAGCUCCUGGGUGUGACGAUAGAAGUUCCUAGAAGAAAUGGGAACUUUGAGGACGAGUCAGCCAUCGAAUCGCCGGCAUAUCGGUCGCCUAUGAGUCGCAUGUUGUCAUUUAGGAGGAUUCUUAGUAGAGAAAGAAGAGGGAAUGUGUCUCCUUCAGUGAACCCCACAAGUUGUGGUGGGUCGGUCACCGAGUCAGACUUCGAGAGAGGGCGUUGAAGAGGAAACAUUCGGCCACUGUCAGGUGUCCUGUCACUUGUCUCGAGGCUGUAGCGUGGAGAGAGAGUAGUAAAUGAGGGCAAUGUUUAUGUACUCGUGGCAGUUGAUGGGUCCCAUCUUGUGGAUUCAUCGCCGCCUUGGGAUACCGAGUUUGACUUUACCUUGUAUAUAUUUAUCACAUUUCAUUAAUUUAAUUUUUUUCCUUUUUAAUCCUUUUUCAUAAAA